AUGUCAUUAAAAGGGCGUCACACAACUGAUGUUUUAUUGUCAGAAUUCGAAAAAGUAAUAAAUUAUCAUCAUAUUGAGAGAAAAUUAGUACGUUUAAUUACGAAUAAUGCCGCCAAUAAUAUUAAAGUAUUUGAUACAAUUUUACUUCGUGAUUUUGAGGCAUAUUUUGAAAAUCAUGAUGUUAACAAUGAUAAUAAUAACCCAUUAGAGAAUGAUAAUAUUGAAGAAAUAUUUGAUGAUGAUUUAAAUGAAUAUUUUGAAUUAACACGAUUAGCUGACGAUAUUAUUCAAUCUUUAUGUGAAAAUUUAGAAUUAUUACGAUUACCAUGCUUCGCUCACGCGUUGCAAUUAGUUAUCAAAGAUGGUAUUAGACAUGCAUCUAAUGCAGCUGCGGCCUUAACAGAAGUUGAAAAAAUUGUAAAAUUCAACCAUAGCAGCGUCGUAUAUGCAGAAAAAUUAGAAAAAUUAUCAAUGACUAUACCGUAUGCAACAAAAUGCCGUUGA